CUCCCCGCCCCGCCGACUCCGCGGUCCCCGCCCUUCGCGCCCCGCCUCGCCGGCCGCCCUCUCCCCGCUCCCGGCAGCCGAGCGCCGCCAUGGAGGCCACCGGGGUGCUGCCGUUCGUGCGCGGCGUGGACCUCAGCGGCAACGACUUCAAGGGUGGCUACUUCCCUGAGAAUGUCAAGGCCAUGACCAGUCUGCGAUGGCUGAAGCUAAACCGCACUGGCCUCUGCUACCUGCCAGAGGAGUUGGCCGCCCUGCAGAAGCUGGAGCACUUGUCUGUGAGCCACAACAGCCUGACCACACUUCACGGGGAGCUGUCCAGCCUGCCAUCGCUGCGGGCCGUCGUGGCUCGGGCCAACAAGCUGAAGAAUUCCGGAGUCCCUGAUGACAUAUUCAAGCUGGAUGAUCUCUCGGUCCUGGACUUGAGCUACAACCAGCUGACCGAGUGCCCACGGGAGCUGGAGAACGCCAAGAACAUGCUGGUGCUGAACCUCAGCCACAACAGCAUUGACGCCAUCCCCAACCAGCUCUUCAUCAACCUCACCGACCUGCUGUACCUGGACCUCAGCGAGAACCGUCUGGAGAGCCUCCCCCCGCAGAUGCGCCGCCUGGUGCACCUGCAGACGCUUGUGCUCAACGGGAACCCGCUGCUGCACGCCCAGCUCCGGCAGCUCCCGGCCCUGAUGGCCCUGCAGACCCUGCACCUGAGGAACACCCAGCGCACCCUGGGCAACCUGCCCACUAGCUUGGAGGGCCUGAGCAACCUCUCAGACGUGGACCUGUCCUGCAACAGCCUGACGCGGGUGCCCGAGUGCCUGUACACCCUCCCCAGCCUGCGUCGUGUGAACCUCAGCAGCAACCAGCUCGAGGAGCUGCCCCUGGGCGCCGGCCAGUGGGUGCACGUGGAGACCCUGAACUUGGCCCGCAACCGGCUCGCCUCGCUGCCCUCGGCGCUCUGCAAGCUGACCAAGCUGAAGAGGCUAUACCUGAACUCCAACAAGCUGGACUUCGACGGGCUGCCCUCUGGCAUCGGCAAGCUGUCCAGCCUAGAGGAGUUCAUGGCUGCCAACAACAACCUGGAGCUGAUCCCUGAAAGCCUCUGCAGGUGCACGAAGCUGAGGAAGCUCGUCCUGAACAGGAACCGUCUGGUGACCCUCCCGGAGGCCAUCCACUUCCUGACGGAGAUCGAGGUCCUGGACGUGCGGGAGAACCCCAGCCUCGUCAUGCCUCCCAAGCCCGCCGACCGCGCCGCAGAGUGGUACAACAUCGACUUCUCGCUGCAGAACCAGCUGCGGCUGGCGGGGGCCUCUCCGGCCACGGUGGCGGCGGCAGCGGCUGCAGGGAGUGGGCCCAAGGAUGCCCUGGCUCGCAAGACGCGGCUCCGGAGGCGCAAGGACUCGGCCCAGGAUGACCAGGCCAGGCAGGUGCUGAAGGGCAUGUCAGACGUGGCCCAGGAGAAGAACAAAAAGCAGGAGGAAGGCGGCGACGCCCGAGCACCCGGGAGCAAGGUGCGGCGCUGGGACCAGGGCCUGGAGAAGCCGCGCCUGGACUACUCGGAGUUCUUCACGGAGGACGUGGGCCAGCUGCCCGGCCUGACAAUCUGGCAGAUCGAGAACUUCGUGCCCGUGCUGGUGGAGGAAGCCCUCCACGGCAAGUUCUACGAGGCCGACUGCUACAUUGUGCUCAAGACCUUUCUGGACGACAGCGGUUCUCUGAACUGGGAGAUCUACUACUGGAUCGGUGGGGAGGCCACGCUCGAUAAGAAGGCUUGCUCUGCCAUCCACGCUGUCAACUUGCGCAACUACCUGGGUGCAGAGUGCCGCACAGUGCGGGAGGAGAUGGGCGACGAGAGCGAGGAGUUCCUGCAGGUGUUUGACAGCGACAUCUCCUACAUCGAGGGCGGGACAGCCAGUGGCUUCUACACUGUGGAGGACACGCACUAUGUCACCAGGAUGUACCGCGUGUACGGCAGAAAGAACAUCAAGUUGGAGCCCGUGCCCCUCAAGGGGGCCUCCCUGGACCCGAGGUUUGUUUUCCUGCUGGACCGAGGGCUGGACAUCUUUGUGUGGCAGGGGGCCCAGGCCACACUGAACAGCACUACCAAGGCCAGGCUCUUUGCAGAGAAAAUUAACAAGAAUGAGCGAAAAGGGAAGGCAGAGAUCUCACAACUGGUACAAGGCCAGGAGCCUCCAGAGUUCUGGGAGGCCCUUGGGGGGGCACCCUCCGAGAUCAAGAAGCACGUGCCUGAUGAUUUCUGGCCACCCCAGCCCAAGCUGUAUAAGGUGGGUCUGGGCCUGGGCUACCUGGAGCUGCCACAGAUCAACUACAAGCUCUCAGUGGAACAUAAGAUACGGCCCAAGGUGGAGCUGAUGCCUGGGAUGCGGCUGCUGCAGAGCCUUCUGGACACACGCUGCGUGUACAUCCUGGACUGUUGGUCUGACGUGUUCAUCUGGCUGGGCCGCAAGUCCCCGCGCCUGGUGCGGGCUGCUGCCCUCAAGCUGGGCCAGGAGCUGUGCGGGAUGCUGCACCGGCCACGCCAUGCCACGGUCAGCCGCAGCCUGGAGGGCACGGAGGCACAGGUGUUCAAGGCCAAGUUCAAGAACUGGGACGACGUGUUGACCGUGGACUACACGCGCAACGCCGAGGCCGUGCUGCAGGGCACGGGGCUCUCGGGGAAGGUGAAGCGCGAUGCUGAGAAGAAAGAUCAGAUGAAGGCCGACCUCACUGCGCUCUUCCUGCCGCGGCAGCCGCCCAUGCCGCUGGCCGAGGCCGAGCAGCUGAUGGAGGAGUGGAACGAGGACCUGGACGGCAUGGAGGGCUUUGUGCUCGAGGGCAAGAAGUUUGCGCGGUUGCCCGAGGAGGAGUUUGGCCACUUUUACACGCAGGACUGCUACGUCUUUCUCUGCAGGUACUGGGUCCCUGUGGAGUACGAGGAGGAGGAGAAGAAAGAGGAGCAGGAGAAGGCUGGGGCAGAGGGCAAGGAAGGCGAGGAGGCAGCGGCCGAGUCCGAGGAGAAGCAGCCGGAGGAGGACUUCCAGUGCAUCGUGUACUUCUGGCAGGGCCGCGAGGCCUCCAACAUGGGCUGGCUCACCUUCACCUUCAGCCUGCAGAAGAAGUUCGAGAGUCUGUUCCCUGGGAAGCUGGAGGUGGUGCGCAUGACACAGCAGCAGGAGAACCCCAAGUUCCUGUCCCAUUUCAAGAGGAAGUUCAUUAUCCACAGAGGAAAGAGGAAGGUGGCCCAGGGCGCCCUGCAGCCGAGCCUGUACCAGAUCCGCACCAACGGCAGCGCCCUCUGCACCCGGUGCAUUCAGAUCAACACCGACUCCAGCCUCCUCAACUCUGAGUUCUGCUUCAUCCUCAAGGUCCCCUUUGAGAGCGAGGACAACCAGGGCAUCGUGUAUGCGUGGGUGGGCCGGGCGUCGGACCCCGACGAGGCGAAGCUGGCGGAGGACAUUCUGAACAGCAUGUUUGAGGCCUCCUACAGCAAACAGGUCAUCAACGAGGGCGAGGAGCCUGAGAACUUCUUCUGGGUGGGCAUCGGGGCCCAGAAGCCCUACGACGAGGACGCGGAGUACAUGAAGCACACACGGCUCUUCCGCUGCUCCAACGAGAAGGGCUACUUCGCAGUGACUGAGAAGUGCUCUGACUUUUGUCAAGAUGACCUGGCGGACGACGACAUCAUGCUCUUGGACAACGGCCGGGAGGUCUACAUGUGGGUGGGGACCCAGACAAGCCAGGUGGAGAUCAAGUUGAGUCUGAAGGCCUGCCAGGUGUACAUCCAGCAUAUGCGCUCCAAAGAGCAUGAGCGUCCCCGCCGCCUGCGCCUAGUGCGCAAGGGCAACGAGCAGCAUGCCUUCACCCGCUGCUUCCACGCCUGGGGCGCCUUCCGCCAGGCCCCGGCCUAGGGCGGCGUCUCCAACCCACACCCUGCCCUCUGGAGGGAGAGGAAGGGCCUGUCUGCCGCCCCAGCCAGCAGAGGCGACCCUGACCAGUGGACCCCUGCAGUGUGAGCUCACAGAUGAUGCUCUGCCUGCACCCCAACCAGGGAUAAAGCAGAUGAAGUUGCCCUUUAAAGAGAUAUUAAAUGCUUUUAUUUUCAAUAUUAAAAA